AUGGGUGAUCAGCGACUCGACGGUGACAGCUCUUCCCGUGCGAAAAAGAGGCAGAAGACCGAAACUGCGGACAUGGACCCUCGUCAGAACAAGUACUUAGCCCACUGGUAUGAGGAUGAGAAGCCUUCAAACGGGCAUUCCGCUGAAGGUUCCAUCCUGGACGAGUUUGAGCGACACAAGACAACUGCUGCCAUGGCCAGAGAAGCGGAGGAUGCUGCAGUAAACCCCUUCAACGGAAAACCACUUUCAAACCGCUAUUUUUCGAUCUUGAAACAGCGAAGGGAUCUGCCCGUUCAUUCUCAGAGAGAUGAGUUCUUACAACUGUACCAGCAGUCGCAAAUCCUCGUUUUCGUCGGUGAGACCGGUUCGGGAAAGACUACUCAGAUCCCUCAGUUCGUUCUUUUCGACGAUCUUCCGCAUCAGCGCGGGAAACUGGUAGCAUGUACUCAGCCCAGACGAGUUGCAGCUAUGUCGGUUGCAGAGCGGGUUGCAGCUGAGAUGGACGUUAAGCUUGGGGAGGAAGUCGGUUACAGCAUUCGAUUUGAGGACAUGACUAGUCAAAAGACGAUGCUGAAAUAUAUGACGGAUGGAAUGUUAUUGCGUGAAGCAAUGCAUGAUCAUGACCUGAAACGCUACAGCACUAUUAUCUUGGAUGAGGCCCAUGAGAGAACAAUGGCCACUGAUGUGCUCAUGGGUUUGCUUAAGGAGGUGGUUCAACGUCGACCAGAUCUUAAAUUGAUUAUCAUGUCAGCUACCCUGGAUGCCCAGAAGUUCCAGCGAUACUUUUGUGAUGCGCCACUCCUCGCAGUCCCUGGGCGGACCCAUCCUGUUGAAAUAUUUUAUACCCCGGAGCCAGAGCAAGAUUAUGUGGAGGCGGCUAUUCGAACAGUUUUGCAGAUUCACGCCAACGAGCCUGAGGGUGAUAUCUUACUCUUCUUGACUGGUGAAGAGGAAAUCGAAGACUCUGUGCGCAAGAUAUCUCUUGAGGUGGAUGAGAUGAUUCGAGAGGCCGACGCAGGGCCCAUGAAAGUUUAUCCUCUCUAUGGAAGUUUACCUCCCGGUCAACAGCAGCGGAUUUUCGAACCUGCCCCGCCGCCCCGCAAGGAAGGAGGGCGACCCGGACGGAAGUGCAUCGUGUCUACCAACAUUGCGGAAACCUCUCUGACUAUUGACGGUAUCGUGUAUGUUGUGGACCCUGGAUUCUCCAAGCAGAAGGUAUACAAUCCACGCAUCCGUGUUGAAUCGUUGUUGGUAUCACCAAUCUCCAAAGCCUCAGCCCAGCAGCGUGCUGGUCGUGCCGGCCGUACGCGCCCUGGAAAAUGUUUCAGACUAUAUACCGAAGAGGCGUUCAAGAAAGAACUCAUUGAACAAACAUAUCCGGAAAUUCUCCGCUCCAAUCUAUCGUCCACAGUAUUGGACCUUAAAAAGCUUGGGAUCGAGGAUCUAGUCCACUUCGACCUUAUGGAUCCACCAGCCCCUGAAACUCUCAUGCGAGCUUUGGAAGAACUAAACUAUCUGGCUUGUUUGGAUGACGAUGGGAAUCUUACUCCGCUAGGCCGUCUUGCAUCUGAGUUCCCGUUGGACCCUGCGCUUGCAGUGAUGUUAAUCAGCUCACCGGAAUUCUACUGUUCCAACGAGAUCCUUUCAAUUACCUCCUUGCUUUCAGUCCAACAAAUCUUCGUUCGCCCGGCCUCCCAACGCAAGCGUGCUGAUGAAAUGAAGAACCUCUUCGCACACCCGGAUGGCGAUCACCUUACCCUCCUAAACGCGUAUCACGCUUUCAAAAGUCCUGAAGCCCAAGCCAACCCACGCCAGUGGUGCCACGAUCACUUCCUUUCCCUUCGAGCUCUACAGUCCGCAGAUAACGUCCGCCAGCAGCUGCAGCGUAUCAUGGAACGUGAGGAGAUCGAGCUUGUAUCCACCCCAUUCGAAGACAAGAAGUAUUACGAAAAUAUUCGUCGCGCAUUGGUUGCAGGCUUUUUUAUGCAAGUCGCUAAGAAAGAGAGCCAGGGAAAGAAUCUAUAUAGAACUGUCAAGGACAACAAUGAGCCUGUUUUGUUGCAUCCCAGCAGUGUCCUUGGACACGAAGCGGAAUGGGUCCUGUACAAUGAGUUUGUGCUUACAACAAAGAGCUAUGUCCGAACAGUCACUGCCGUGAAGGGAGAGUGGCUCUUGGAUAUUGCACCGAUUUAUUACGACAUAUCCAGCUUUCCCAAGGGUGAGAUUCGCUCCGCGCUUAUCCGUGCCAUGGAACGUCUUUCUCGCAAGGAGAAGAUGCGUGCUGACAAGGAGAGGAGGCACUAA